GUGCUACGGCACGCCGGGUGCGCCGUCACCAUGGUAACCGCGGAAGCCCCGGGGCCAGGAGAUCGGUAGUUUUGGAGUAAAUGGAGUCAGAAGGACCCCCAAAGUCAGAAAGUUCAGAAAAAUCAUUAUUUUUCUCACAGCAAAAAGAAGAAGCUGAAGAAGAAGCUGAAGAGAAAGAGGAGAAGGAAGAGGAGAAAACAGGCACCAUUAAUCCCCUGUUACAACCUGCUCUCACGGGGCAUGUGGAAGGUUUACAGAAGAUUUUUGAGGAUCCUGAGAACCCUCAUCAUGACCAGGCCAUGCAGCUCAUCUUGGAAGAAGACGUCAUUGGGAGAAAUUUGUUGUAUGCAGCUUGCAUGGCCGGGCAAAGUGAUGUGAUCAGAGCUUUGGCAAAAUAUGGUGUGAAUCUGAAUGAAAAAACUGCCCGAGGUUACACGCUCUUGCACUGCGCUGCAGCCUGGGGGCGUCUGGGAACGUUGAAAGCACUGGUGGACUUGGACGUUGACGUGGAAGCGCUGAACUUCCGGGAAGAACGUGCUCGAGACGUUGCCGCGCGGUAUUCCCAGACCGCGUGUGUGGAAUUCCUGGACUGGGCAGAUGCAAGGCUGGCUCUGAAAAAAUACAUUGCAAAGGUCUCUGCAACUGUAACAGAGACAGAAAAGGGACCAGGGAGACUCGGUAAAGAAGACAAGAAUACCAUCCUUGGUGCACGCCGUAUAAAAAGUGAGUGGUUAGAAACCCAUCUGGAAGCUUCUAUUAACGAGCUUUUUGAGCAGAAACAACAAUUGGAAGAUAUCGUGACUCCUAUCUUCAUAAAAAUGACCACACCGCGUCAAGUGAAAAGUACCAAAUCUGUAUAAGCAAUGGUCAGAAGAGAGGCCAAGAUCAUCCUUCUACUAAAUGUAUAUUUUAUAAAGUCCACAUUUUCUUCUAGAAUUUGUAAAGGCAAACCUAUUCAUGACAAUUGAAGUUGAGAAAAGAGAUGUGGAGUUUCAUAAAAACGUUGAAGCAUGAAAUUAAGUCACCCAUGUUUUGUUUUUCCCUCUUCGGCAGGUUGGGGGCCCUCCCUGUGCUCCCCCAGGCACAGGCCCACGUGACCUCCUCAUGCUCUUUCCACAGAGCACUUGGGGAUGAAUCGCUCAGAAUCUAAUAAUCUGUCUGUGUGAUUGAGGCAGGAAAUUUCCAUUCAUUUGAAGAAUUCUGUAUAUAUAAUAAAAAGACAUUGGCAAUUUCCAGAGGAAAGACUUGUUCCCCCUCUCUCCAAAGGAGAGUUACGGGAUGGUAUUCUGGAGCAAGGAAAUAUUAAGAGGAGUUUGGAUCCGGUCCCUUUGCUCUUACUUUUCAUGUCCAAAUUAAAAUUUACCUGUAAGGUGCAAUAUAGUCUCUUAAGUAAACCUUCUUAUGUAUUUGUCUUUAACCUAGGUCUGUCUUUAAAUGAAUAAACACAAAUCUGUUUAGUUUUAUAUUUAGAUUUCCUCUCUUCUGUAGGUUUGGUGAUAUAGAUAUUAUAACUGGACUCUACGCCAUUGUCCCUUCUGUUCUAUUUUAUAUUUCUUAGGUUUCAAAUAUCAUUGUUGGUUUCAUAUUUAGUGAUUUGAAAUGUCUUUUUUUUUUCACUUUAUCUAAAAACCCCUGAUCUAUUAUACUUACUGGAAAAACUUUAUAGAAAGAAAAUGUUUUUAAAAAACAUAUUUACUCAUUUUUCUUACGACUUUUUCUUCUUUAUCCCACCCUAAAAGCUAGUUUUUCAUUGUAGAGGGGAAGGAAAAGAAAUAAGCAAUUCAGUAAUUUCUUGUCAGCUAACGUUUUCUCAGCCACGAUUUUGAGAUGAUACUAUUUUAAAUUUGUCUCACAAAUUUUUAAAAUUUUGAGAUCGUUACAUAUGGGCAGUGCAGUUUCAGUUGCCUUUAGUAAAAGAACAGAGCACUCAUUGCCACUCCCCUCUCUGGUAGUUCCAGUGGGUGUUUAUGAAAUAGUACAAAGAAGACCUGUUUGCUCCAUUCUCUUCAUACCGUGUAUUGUGAGAAGUCUGUUCUCUUUAAGCACUGUGGUCAUUUGGGAAAAGGUCAGGUGACGUUUUUGUUGUUUCUACUCUAAUUCUACGUUUUCCGAGCCUUAUCUUGACUAUGACUCUACUUUCCAGGCAUUUGGUCUUGGUGGUUAGGGAAGGGUUCCUGUCUCACUUCCAAGAGUCCUAGAUAAGACCGAGGCACUUCUGGGGACCCCUGGUAUGAAAUAAACCUGUCUCCUCUGUACUUCGUUCACUCAUUAUCCUCAGACUUUUUGUAACUUUUGAUUUAUUUGCUAAUGCUGUCUUCUUGAAACUCCUUGUAUUGGCACUUUUAUGUCAUUAUAGGUUCUUUACUUUCUUACAAACUACUCUUUCUAACUUUUACCAGCUGCUGUGGUCUCAGUAUGUUUGUAUCCCUCCCCUGCCACCUCCUCCGCAGUUCCCUUGUUGAAACCUAAUGUCCAUUGUGGGGCUUCUGGGAGGUGAUUAGGUCAUGAAGUCAGAGUCCUCACAAACGGGAUUAGGCCCUUUCGAAAGAGGCCUCGACAGCUGCUUUGCCCCUUGUGCCAUGUAAGUUUACAGCGAAAAAACAGCCGUCUAGGAAGUGGGCUCCCACCAGUCACCGAGUCUGCUGGCAACAUGAUCUUGGACUUGCCAGCCUCCAGAACUGUCAGAAAUACAUUUCUGUUGUUUAUAAGGUACCUACCUGGUUUACAGUAUUUUUGUUACAGCAGCCCUAAUGGACUAAGACGCCAGGUCCUCUUCAUCUUGCCUCCAGCUAUGGGAACUUCUCAAAAGUCAAUGCUAUCUUCUAGUUUUAUAUGUCAGUUAUACCUCAGUGAAGCUUGAGAAAAAAGUCCAUCUUGACCCUUGGCAAAGCAAUCUGUAAUUCUCUACCCCUGACCUUCUCUGUCCCUAAUGUUAGGAAGAACGAAUCCCUCUUUCUUUGGGCACCCAUAGUGCUAAUAGCCUCAAACUGUCUUCUACUUGCUUGUUCAUGGGGAGAUAUGCUUGUCUCCCCAUGUGAAUUGUGAGCUUUUGGGGGGUAGGGGCUUCGUCAUGUUUUCCUUCGUACCCAAAGAGCUCAUAAGAGAGUGAGUUAGGAAAUAAUAAUUGGAUGGAUUCUCUUUUGGUGCUACCUUAGUCACAGAACUCACUGAUCUUUAUUCAUUGAUGGAGUAUGUUCACCAUUAUAAAAAUACCUCCUGAAUUCUCUCUCCACGUCGUGUUUGUGCCAGUGCCCCAUUCCACUCCCACUGCUCCAGCAAACAAGCCACGCACAUAUCCAGCAUCAUGAUGUCUGUCUAGUUUCUUCACUGACCUUUGUCUUGAAUGCCUUGUUACUUCUGAAGCAUGUAAACUUGGAGAUUCCCAAGAGAUUCCUGUCUCACUUCAAAGAUUCCGCUGAUGUGAGGGUCCGAGUAUCCAUUUAUAUCUAUAGAUCUAUAACGUUAGUAUGUUUUGAGAGAUAUGCUACUUCUUCUGACCUGUUGUUGCAUUGAAUUAUAGAAAUAUUGAAAUGCCCUUAUGUUUUGAAUUUGAGCUGUUACACAGGUAGUUGCAUGACGUGUUUUGAACACCCACAGAGUAAUUAUUAUUUCGAAGUGCAUACUAGUAAGUUAAAUGACAUUAUGUGAGAGGUGGUCAAGCAAAAGCUAGGUUCAGUGUUAUAGCUUCUAGACAAUGAUUUCUUAGACUUUUGUAUUUCAUUGAUUGGAAAUGUGUAAAAACAUAAAGGGAGGAGAUUGAUAAAUGACAUCAUUAAGAAAACUAUCUGCUAUUACUAUCAUUUAAUAAAAGAAAUGAUAUUUUAAUCCCAGAAAAGAAGGGAAAAUAUCUCAGUAAGUCUCCACCCUUUAAGUUGAAUAAAUUAAGUUUUAUUAUAGACUUUACUAUUUCUCAUUUUGUCAUGUGUGAUGGAACUUUUGUCGAGCAUCACAACUGGCGUGUGGUGCAGACUUUGAGACCUACUGCUCUGGACUAAGCCAAAGCAGGCAGACUGCUAUUUGGGUUAACAUGUGGCACCAAAUUGCAAAGGGCUGACAGUUCAUCCCAGGGUUUGAUCUAACACGUGAUAGAUUGUAUUUUCCAAGAUGGCCACAUCUGUCAUCCCACACGCUCUUCUUACAAUGUGGUCAUGACAUUCCUCACAUAGCGAGGUGGGUCUUUGUCCUCUCUUGAAUCUGGGCAGGCCUGUGAAUGAAGCGGAAGGAAUACUGUGUGAUUUCCAUAGAUCAUACAAGAUCAUAAAAGGUGGUGUCUGCAGUUUCUGCCUAACUCUCUUGAGAUGCUCGCUCUUGGAAACCAGCCUAUGGAGACACCCAUAUGGACAGAGACAGAUGCCCCAGCCCACAGCCCUGGCUGAGCUCCCACCAGCAGUCACCCCCAACUUGACAGCAUAUGAAUGAGCCAUCUUCGAAAUGGAUGCUCUAGUCGAGCCCCUGAAGCUGAUGCUUGUAUCGGCCAGAGAUGAGCCUCUGUGGAUCCCUGCAAAGGUGCAGGUUUCAGCUAAAUAAAGGAUUGUUGUUUUA